AUGUCGUCAUUUUCAAAUGUUACUGAAUUACAUGCAACUUCUGCAGUAAAUGGUAUACUUUCUAAAAUUUUACCUGGUAUGAAAGAAAUUCAACCAAAUAAAAACAAUAAUUUAAUAAAUAAACAGAAAAAGAACAAAGGUUCAAAAGCACAGUUAAUUGAUCAUAAUCUUAAAAAAAUGAUAUCAUUACAAAAGAGAGAUAUUUAUAAAAUUAAAAAAAAAGAAAAAUUACAAAAAAAGAAUGCUUUAAAAGAACGUCAAAUUGAUUAUAAUAAAUUAGAGAAAAAUGCUAAAUUAAAAGUACUUCAAAAACAUAAAUUAGACGGGAAAUUAACGGAAAAGGAAGCUGAAUAUUUAGAUAAAUUAACUAAAAAAUCUAUAAAAAAUGCUAAAUCAUGGGAUUUAGAUGAUGAAGAAAGAGAAGAAUCACUUGAAUUACAAGAAUAUAUUCUAAAGAAUAAAUCAACAAAUAAAAACCAUGCAAGAAGUAAUAAGAGAAGACAAAAAAUUAAACAAUUUAAAGAAGAUAUACAAGAUAGCAAUACUGUAUCUGAUCAUAGAUAUGCUGGUUUGACUCCUGGUUUAGCCCCUGUGGGAUUAAGUGAUGAAGAAGAAUCAUCAAGCGAAGAAGAACAAGAAAAUGAUGACUGGUAG